CGCUUCUGUGCCGAAAAAAAGAACAACGAAAUCGACGUUUUUGUGUUUUACUGUCAGAUGUCAAAAAAGUGCAAUUUUUAAUGGACGACGUAAGUGUUGCAUUAAAAGUUUGCGUGAAUGGGUCGAAUUAGUAGAAGUAGAUCCAGAUCUCCCCGAAGACGAGACAGAGAACGGGAACGUGACAGAGACAGAGAACGUCAUCAUAGAAGGAAAAGAUCCAGAGACAGGUCAAGGGAUAGAUCUAAGGACAGAGAAAGGGACAGGAAGAGGCAUUCAAGGGAUAGAGAUGGACGCAAGAGGUUUUCCCGUUCAAGAUCCCCUUCUUACAGUCGUGAGAAAGACAAGAAGUCCAAGGUAGCAGAAGAGAGACCUGCAAUAACACCAGCUGAUUUGGAGGGCAAAACCCCUGAUGAGCAGGAAAUGAUGAGGAUGAUGGGUUUUUGUAACUUUGAUACCACCAAGGGGAAAAAAGUCGAUGGCAACGACGUGGGAGCUGUACAUGUUAUACUUAAACGAAAAUACAGACAGUACAUGAACAGAAAAGGAGGAUUUAACAGGCCCUUGGACUUUGUGGCUUAACUGGAGCUUCCUUAUUAGUGUUUGAAAAAAGUGGACAAGUGAUUGUGAAUGCUUCACUUUAGGGAUAGCAACAAAAGACUGACUGAAACCAUCCUCAUGCUAGCAACUUCAAUUAGGGCAUCUUCAUAGCUCAAGAACUUUAACAAUGUAGUAAUUAAACCAUGAGCAUUAAGAGAAACUGCUAACUAUUCUAUCCAAAACUUAAUUUCACAUUUAUACAUUUAUACUAGUAAGAAUUACUUGUUUGAUUAAUUUAAAGCUUACAAUCUUCAUUUUAAGCCGCAAAGGGUAAGAUUUAUCUAAAAAAAUUUAUUUUAAUGGUUAAGGUCUUAGUUUUAAUCAACUUUAUUUUGUAAACAAUAUGAGAAUACUUUUUUAGUUGUAAAUUGUGGACAACUUAUAUAUCGUUUUAUAUUCCAUUCAUUUUACCUGUUAAUAGAAUAAUUGUUGAGGCAUUUUUUGGAAAGCAACAUGUUUUAAUGUUCCCUUUAAAUGCCAAUGUUUGUAUAAUUGCAACACUUUGUUAAGAUAAUUUAACUUCUCAAUACUUAAUGUAUUCAACUGUUUAUAAUAAAAAUGAUUGCCACUUUUAA